GACUCGCGUCUGAUAUAUACUAUACUCUAUGCUAGGAUUUUUUGUCACAGCUGGCUAACGACAGCGAAACAUAAUGACGGAUAGUGAUAAGAAACCGAUGUCACGUUUAUUGAAGCUCGCCAACAAAUUCAACUGCUUCUACCUGUCAGGUUUUCACGCAGGUGAAUGCAGAGCCUUUGUUGUUGAUGGGCAACAAAUUGGCCUUGUGCGUCCAGAUGUAAUGAAGGAAUUGUUGAAUUAUCCACAGGUAUUCCAAGUACAUCCGGAGUAUGUGCAACUGAAUCCAGCAUUCAGAGAAUAUGCAGAGAGAAGUGCUAGAGUCGAGGAAGUUCUGAAAGAAUGGCGUGCAGGUGGGAAGUUUAUAGCAUUAAGAGGAUGGAGAGAGGAGUGCUAUGAAGUACGUGCAGAAUUCAAUACCCCGCCACUGUUCAAAAUGGACCGGUCUGCCACAUGCUUGUUUGGAAUUCGCAAAUAUGGAGUUGAUAUUAAUGGAUACGUUAUGGAUCCUGUAAAAGGUUUAUCAAUAUGGUUACAAAAGCGUAGCCCAAACAAGCAGACUUGGCCUGGCUACUGGGAUAACAUGGUGAGUGGUGGGUUGAGCGUUGGCUAUGGAAUUAAUGAAACUGCUAUAAAAGAGGCUGGGGAAGAAGCCAGCAUUCCUAAUAAUCUUAUUGCAAAACUAAAGAGUGCCGGCUGUGUAUCUCUGUUUUUUGAAAGUGAAAGGGGUCUGUUCCCCAACACUGAGUUUGUAUACGACCUUGAAUUACCACCAGAUUUUGUACCAAGUAACAAUGAUGGAGAGGUAGAGACUUUUGAAUUGCUUCCAGUUAACGAAUGUUUAGAAAGGAUACUGUCUUCACAUUUUAAAACCACAUCGGUGCCAGUUGCGCUUGACUUUUUAAUUAGACACGGAUAUAUUACAGCGGAAAACGAGCCUAAUUUUAUAGAAAUCGUGGAAUUGCUUCAUAUACCUCUGCAAACCAUUUAUAAUCACCCACAAAAAAAGUGUAAAAUAGCCGCAAAUGGUGAAGCAAUCGAAUCAUUAGACAGAAUUUAAGUUUAAUUAGUCUUUAAUUUAAUUUCGCGUUUAAAAUUAAUCGAAUCGAGCGGAGUUGGAAUUUUUGUGAUUUCUUUGUAUUUGAUCAAUUUUUUGCAAACUUUAUAGUAAGGAAAAGAAAAAAGAAAAUGGUGCAGAUUUAUAUACGUAAGACUUGCAAAAUCAUUAGAAGACGCUAAAUAAUAGUUCAAAUAUUUCUAGAAUUGAUUUGAAGGAUUUUUAUGAAAUUCAAACUAACUCUUGUUUCCAAAAUAUUGGAAAAGGAAAAAAGAAAGAUACGUUAUUUCAAUAGAUAUAUUGUCAUGACAUUUUUACUCAUAAAUAUAUUAUUAUUCCUUUUGUUAUAACUUGAGUAGUUUUUAUAUACAAUAACGAUGAAAGUAUCAGGUAAAGACGAUUUUUUGAUGACUUAUACGAAAGACAUACAUAGGAAUGUAAACGUAGUCAUUAUUAACUCAGCAAGAGUUUCAUAGGGAAUGAAUUCUAAUUUAUUGGGGAUUUAUAAUAACUUUGUAAAAUUGGCACAAUACAAAGAGAUAAUUUACGAAAUGAUCUUUAAGCAAAUUCAUUCAUCAUCGUUAUUUAAAAAGAAAGAAAAUCACGCUACAUCUUCCUCUGAUUUCUACCAAACCAUCGAACUGAAUUUUUGCACAAGAACGAACGAAAGAGUUUUCGCCGAUCGUACGAGUAAUAAUCUAGACGUGUGACAACUUUUGAUAUACAUCGAUGUCAAAUUAGAAGUAUUAUUCAUACAGCAUUCCAGAAGCAUAGAUUAAGUUUUCAGUUUCUAAGCAAGCAAGGAAGUGGGAAAACGAAAGAGUAACAAUAGCUUUUUCUAACGUUUGUAAUAGAAUUUUUGUACUAAAAAACGAACUUGUACACCUAACAACAACAAUGAGUGCGCAUAAAGUAAGAAUGCAGUAAUAUCCUAAUAUUCUGCGUAGGAUGUAAGAUGAAAUUCAUUCACAGUAUUAUGAAUGUGAAUGCACAGUAUACUAUUUGAUAUGUUUAGAGUAAAAAUGGAAAAAACGAAGAAAAAAACAAAAAGAAAAACAUUUGUAGACGAAUUAUGUCGACGUAUGUGUUCGUAUACUAUCAACUAUGCUACCAACGCGAAAGACCCAGCAUUUUCACUUGAACAACGUUUAUUGGGAAGGGGAACAAAAGUGUUCGUAUAUUGUUUAUUGUAUGUAAUAUGUAGGUAGAUUUUUUAAUUCUCAACAAUGAUUGGUACCAAGGUUCUGAUCAAGUGAUAUUAUUAGAUUGUGAAGAAUAGUGAUUGUAUAAACGGCAAACGCAAUCCUAGAAGCAUCACUUUUUAUCUUUUGUCUAAAUGUUUUCAAUGUGAUAUUUAUUGCUCAUUAUACCUAUUUGGCGACAAUUAAUUUAUGUAUUUAGCAUUUUGUUCAUUUAAUGCACAGAAUGUCUAGUGUUCUUGUUUUGAAAGUAUAUUAACUAUUAUCAAGUAUUUUUAUAAGUUAUUGUAUUUAAAUGAUGCUUUAUACCGCUUGCAUUGCGUAUGCCCUUAAAUUAAGAGAUUUUUUAUACUGAAACUAGUUUCUACAAGAUGAAGAGUCAUUAGGUAUGUUAAAUUCAAUAUAUAAAUCGUUGUUGUAGAUUCGAUAUUAUUAUAAUUGCGUUUAUGGAUAAGCAUUCUGAAUAUCUUUUUUAAGGAACUUUUCUACCAACACCGAUAUUAAGCAGGAUAUCCGCUGUGACUUAUAUUAUGUUAAAUGUAUUUGCUUCUUUUCGUUGCUUUUAUUUCAAUCCACUUAACUAGAUGACAGUGAGUGAGAUCCGUACUGCUUAAGCAUACUCUAACUUUAAUUUAGUCCUUAUUCGAACUAACCUGAUGUGUUUAAAUGAGUUCGCUAUUUUUAUAAUCAUGUACUAGUCAUACUCGUCAUCGCCCUAUUAUUUUUAAUCCGAUCAUUAAAUCUAUGACUAUAUUUGUUUUUAAGUGGAACUAACAUUUUUGUGAUAGAUAUGAGUACGGCUGGCCAUACUGUUUAAUGCAUGACUUAAUAUUUGUCAAUGAAUAAAUCUAAUCAAACUUACAAUGUCAUCGUUUCUAUCUUCCUAUCUUUCACUCCAUUUUCUUUCCUGUAAAUCCGACUUGAUUAACAUACAGGUACAUUAUAUGCUUUUUAUGUUACUUUUAUUUUAAGCAUUCAUUAACUAAAAUUCAAAUGUAAAGUGAAACUUUUAUAUAUAUUUCUGUUCGUUGCAUAAAUGUUGCACUUAAUUCUCAUAGUUCUUUGUAGAUAUUGAAUUACUAUGAACUCUGUUAUAAGGUAUCAUCAUGGAACAAUCAUUUAAAAUAUUAAUUGAAAAAGGAGAAUCAGUUGCAAUGACCUAUUAGCUCAAUAAAUAAAGUUAAAUGCUUUGUGCUCUAUCAUUCUACCCUUUUUACAUGACCAAUAAAACUAUACUAUAAUUCGUUAAAAAGAAUACUUGGAGACAAGUAAUAAAUCCAUUUGAUAAAAUGUUUAAAUAUCUUUAAAUUCCAAGGAGUCAAGUUAAUUAAUAUGUUACUCAGAAAGUAAUUUUAAAAUGGAAUGUGAUUGGAAGAAACAAAAAUGUUUCUUUGCUACCUUAAAAUAUAAAAAAAAUUUUAAUUAGAUUUUUCUACAUUUUUAAUUUCACAAAGUAAUUAUCAUCUGAUACAGUAAAGACAUAGCAGUUUCCGGUACACUUAUAUUUCGAAAACUUGGACGACAGAAAGAUUUUCCAGCGAGAAAGCAAUAACAAAUGACCAGGCUAGUGGGGAUGCUCGAAAAAGAAAAAAUAAAAAAAUUGUGCUAGAAACCUGGUGGGGAGGCUUGACUUUGUUAGAAGAAACAAAAAUCGACCAAAUCACUACCCUUUUGAACAUCAGUGGGGCAACAGUCCUGUGACUACUCUUUGCUACACACUUCUACAUACUUCCUGUUAAAGUUUGGCGUUAUUUCCAAACUUUUCAUCUAUUUCCAGUUAAAAACUAUUUCUAAAUCCAGUGACUAACGAAAAUAAGUCAAACGAAAUAAGUGCGUCGUGUGAAGUGUUAUUUUGUUUAUUAGUAGAUUUUUAACUAUGGAUUCUACGACGUUUUCACUGAAACAGUCUCCUUUAACAGCCUCGGAAAUUUCGUCAAAAUUUGGAUCUUUCAUACAUUUGGCGAUAGAUAUUUCAUGUAUUUAUAAGUGCAUGAAGAUCCGCAGUCUAAUAAUAAAUACACAGAACUCAAAGGAGGACAUAUUGAAUUAACGUUUCGUACCAUACGAAUUUCGUUAUCUAUAAUCCAGACCGUGUGAGUCACAG